CAAUGGUACAGGAAGAAGUCAGCAACGUUCAAGAAGACCAUGAUCUUUAUGCAGGACAAUGCUCCAUUCAGCUAAAAUGGAUCAUGAACAGAUCAAGAAACUGACAUUCAAUGGAAGGCUCAUGGCGGUUAUUGAAAAGAAGGGUGGCUACAUUCAUCACUGAAUAGCUUUGAAGGGCCAAAAUAGUUCAUUGUUACUUCACUGAAUAACUUCCUGGGAAAUUACAUUUUUUUUAUUUGUUAAACCUUCUAUUUUGUUGGGAAAGAAACAUUUAGGAUCAACUGAGACCACUGUAUUUGUUCACCAAUCAAAUUAAGCUGAGAAGUACCAUUUGCCAUGUGUUUGGGUUUUUUUUUCUUUUUACAGGCCUAGUUAAAUAAAUUGGAAUAUAGAAGUACAGUAGAAACGAGAAACCGGACUGAAUGCACGUUUUUAAAACGGCUAUAGUUGUGUAUCCGUGGAUUGCAGGCGUGAAAAAGUGAAAAACUGAAAUCUGACUGAAGCGAAUGUAGUUCAGUUCAGUCUGAAGUUGUAGAGGAAACAUUCGCACUCGGUAAUUUAGUUUUGUAACGCCACACAGGUCAUAAGGUCUGUUAGAAAUUAUAUAUCGGAGCUACAAACCCCACCCUGCUCCGCUGUACGAGGCGACUCAACACCGCCAUCUUGUGUUUGUGUGUAUGUGUUGCUGUGUUCAUGAGGCAGUUUUGCUUAGUUUUUUCUUUAAGGUUUAAUGUUCUAUAUUAUUGUGAGUGUGUGUUUAUGUAUUUUAGUGUGAGCUGUAGUUUUGUUUUGUAAUUUUACGUGUUUUAUUUCUUCCUCCCAGAUUUCUGCACUACACAGUGUAUUAUUAGAAACAGGGCUUCUCUGUGUAGGAGAACAGUUGUUUUGUGUUAUUAACAGCAAGUUAUAUCGCUUAUUGUGAACCGUUAUGUGUGCAGGAGGCGGUUCAGCUGGACGGAGAGAUCCUGCAUGCGCUGUGAAGCGAGUGUGUUCUGUGGCGUAUCGGCACCUGGACAAGCACAAGAUCGAGCCGGUGCUCUACAUGAUGGAGUGGUUCAUGUGCGCCUUCUCCAGAACUCUGCCCUGGGCCUCGGACCUCCGAGUGUGGGACAUGUUCCUGUGUGACGGAGUGAAAAUGAUAUUCUGUGUGGGUUUGGUGGUGUUGACGUCCAUGCUGGGUACUCGGGAUAAGCUCAAGGCCUGUCCGGGUCAGUAUGAGACCAUGGAGGUCCUCAGAGCGAUUGAGCCUAGAUACAUGCAGGAGGGCUUCUUAGUGCUCCAGUUGCAGGUAUCGGCACAGGACGUGGAACAUGAGCAACGCACGCAGCUGAAGCGCUGGAAGAAGAAGCGCGGCGAGCCCGGCCCCAAACUCCCUCAGAGAAUGCACAGUGCUCGCACCAUCAUGGCCACCGAGCCUCAUACACACCAAGACCUCCGCCAGAAACCCACCAUUAUGGUCCAGUACCCAUCGGUCCCUGAGGAGAAGUCCGAGCCGAACCUCAGGAAGAAGAGAGGGAGCCUGUAGAAAAACCAAGCCCUCAUUCCGAACCCCUACACGCUACCUGGCGAGUCUAAACCUAGUCAGAUAUUGGACAUACAGCUUCUGAACCAGGAAAAUCUCAAUCUUGUACUUCCAAAUACACCAUCACAUCCACCACGGCCCCCUACAAUGCAGGAAAAUCAGGUCAAAGAGACGAGCACUUCUACAGAGCGACUCGUGCAGCGUCCUCAAAUUCCUCCAUCGAUAAGAAACUGGCGGAAUCUAUCCCUCUGCAACAUCUAUCCCUCCUAACUGCUCCUGUACACGGAUCACCUUCAGCGUAGCGUCCUCACCUGCUGAAAUGUGCUCCUGUCCAAUCCAGAGAACCUGACCAUGAUGAGCUCCCUAAUAAUACAUAAAACUCAGCCACCAUUUUGGAUCCAUCUACACACUCAAGCCCUCUGCUAACGCACAACGCACCUGCCACCGACGACUCGCCUGCUGCUCCCGAGUACAAAAAGAACACUCAUUGAUUUUUUUUUUUGUUGUUGUGCGUGUUAAACAGUGUGAUACGUUGAGGAAUUGAUUAUUGGCACACGUCUACUGAAUAGCAAGGAUCGUUAAGUCUUUAACGUGUUAUAGUUUACACCGGAGGAACUGCAAACAAUCUGAGAGAGGGAGAAACCCGUCAGCUACUAAAGGGCACACUUGGUCCAAAAAUGUACACACACUCCACAAAAACUCUUCAGUGCCUGAGGAGUGUUUACUCGCUCCAGUCUUCAGAAGGGAAGCUACCUACAGAUUCACAUUUGAAAGACUUUCACAGGCAUCACAAACAUUUGUUUAUAUUACACUCGUAUCAAUUUGGCAGGUUUUUUUCUUCUUAAUCCGAAGCAACCACCACUUCUUUGUGUUUGUAUUUCACAAAUUUCCUUACCGCAUCUUACAAGAGCUGCACGACAAUCGCAACAAUCCUGUACAAUAGGCACAGCCUUUUCAUUAACACAAUCUCAGUGAAAUAUCCUCUGUCUGUAUACUUUACGCGCAAACAAAACAACUCAAGCUGAGAACUUUAUUGCUGAUUCACUUUAUAUCACACCGCCUUCUAAUAUAGAUCUGAUCUAUAUUAUAUAUACGUGUACCUUAGAUAACGCCUCUCUGAACGCCAUGGUGGGACGUUCCCGAGUUGAAGUACUGUACAAGUCCUAAGCAUUAGAUCACCCCAAUUACUCUUGUAUACUCUUUCCGUACCAUCGUGAUCUUUGCCUGACGAAGCCAUACACAAAUCAUAAUUGACAUUUGGGGCCUAAUUCUAAAAUCACCAGAUACCAAAUGCACAACCGUUUUGUCUUGCUGCCAUCACAAAAUAAUAAUGUUUAAACCUUAAGUAACAGGGUCACGGAGGGUGUAUAUAUUUUUCCACACUACAUGAAGUUUUGGGAUCCUUAUAGACUGUGGAACAGAAGUGUACUCAGUGUGUCUCCACCGUUUUAUUUCAUAUUGGAGUACAACCAUUUUUCUUUUUACCAUUAAGGAUGAAACACUUGUUUCUUUUAAAACACCAUCUUUAAAUGUUUUUCUACCUCCUAACUAAACCCUCGGACUUAAGACACGAUCUUUGGAGCUGUUGACGCCCUGCUCAGGGUUAAACAACAACGUAUUUACAUUACCUUCAUUAAUAAUUUGUCAAUCUAUCCUCUUGGUUUUUUUAUUUUUUUUUUGGAGCAAAAGUCAGGUCCUCUCUCAUUUCAACAGGUCCUCUUGUUGGUGAAUACACAGCAAUCUUCUAAGGGUAUUAGGAUUUCUCGGAGCAGACAUUGUAGCAGAUAGUUGCAGAGUUUCUUCUGUGUUUUAACUACGAUGUCUUAACCACUAUUUUAACACUGAGACACAUGACUCCCUUUAAUUCGUUAACAAACACAUUUGUAAAAAUUCUGGUCAGCAAAACCCCCAAAAGAACGUCUGUCUGUCUGUCUGUCUGUCUGUCUCUCUCUCUCUCUCUCUCCCCCCCCCACCCCCGCACACCCACAUGGUCAUCAGAGGUCAUAAAUGUACUGCUGGGACAUGGGAUGUCAAAGCAUAGACGAAAGCUUAUGUAUUUAGCGAUAGUUCUGUGUAAGUAUCCUCGUUGGCGAACCAUUUUCUGAAAUCUUGUUUAUAGUUUAAACAAAAUGCACGACUCUUUUAAAACACCGUCUUUAAAAAAGGUUUUUCACCCUUAAAUUAACCUGGUUAGAAGGUAGGAUAUGUAAUACAUAUUUUCAUUUUCUUCAGGCAUAUUGUCACUUCAGUCUCCACAACGAAUAACUCCGAAGGUUUUGACCUUUCUUUCAGUAAAAGAGAACAACGACAUCAUACAGCCUUGAAGGACUGUAGAAAUUUUUAUUUUACAUCCUAAAGGGUUAGGUUUAGAAGGCAUGUAAUACGCGCGUUUCUUAUAAAACACCGUCUUUAAAACGUUUACCUCCUAAAGGGACCUAUUUAGAAGGUAUGUAGAAACUUUUUUUUUUUUUUUUUUUGAACAUUUCUUCGGGUAUAUCAAUGUUUUAGAGUAUUUAUUUCAGUAAAUUUUUAUUCAAAGUCAUGCCAAUUUCUCAAAAGUGCAAUCAAUAAAGUUUAAUUUAUUUCACAAGCUUACAUUCUGCUCAUUUAUGUUCACAUUCAACCAUCGUGUAUUUUCUAACAGCGGAGCUAUACAAAACAAACCCCCACAAUCUAAAUUUAAUGUGGGGUUGCAAGAUAAAAAUUCUAAUUUAUUGAAUUAAUUAAAUAUUUAAAGUUGUACACAUUAUUUUGAUGAGUUGUGUUGACAUAAUAAUGUUGAUAAUUACAUCAACUUAAUAUUGUGUGUAAUUUCUGUGUUAAUUGAUUUAAAACAAAAUUUACGUU